UCACUCAUUCUUGUUAGAUUAGGGAUAAAUUUUAGCUCAAUCUUUUCUUUUGGGGUGAACUGGACUUUGAAAACUAUCCAAAAGGGGUGGAUGUGAAGGCAAGCCUCUGACAGUACUGGACAUAGUGGACCCACUAUAUUGGAUAAAGAGCACUCUCCAAUUGAUGCCUGAAGCCUGUACUCUAUGUCGCCAGUAUGUCCAGCACCUCUUUGCCGCCAGUUUUGGAAAGCUGGGAACUACAAUGACGGGCUUUUUUCCAAGUCUUCCCCUAAAAAUGGGACCAGUUUCCUGCGUAUACACCCCAAGUUCCUUCACUCGAAUGCCACUUCACAUAAAUGGGCAUUUGGGGCCAUAGCUGAACUGGUUGACAACGCUGUUGAUGAGAUACAAACUGGGGCCACCUUCGUCAUUGUAGAUAAAUUAUUAAACCCGAAGGAUGGAAGUUCAGCUUUAUUAAUUCAAGAUAAUGGUGGUGGAAUGGACCCCGAAGCCAUGCGUUGCUGUCUGAGUUUUGGAUUUUCAGAUAAGAAGUCUGAAUCAGCCAUUGGACAGUACGGAAAUGGUUUCAAGACAAGUUCGAUGAGGCUCGGGGCUGACGUUGUUGUAUUCAGCCGCUGUAUGAAGAACAGGCAAUGGACACAAAGCAUCGGUCUUCUCUCCUAUACAUUUUUGACACGAGCAGGCCUUGACAGAAUAGUGGUUCCUAUG